AUGUGGUGGUGCUGCUGGCACGUGCAAAUGAAGAUGUACAUGGGAUUUUUAUGCCUCUCUCUGGUUUGGAGUGUAGCUUCAGGCAUGCGAAGAGAAAACAAGAAAGAAAAGCACACAGCAGUGCUGGCAGCUGCAGAGCUGCCUGCGAAGUCUGUGGAUCUGGCUGCUGUUAACUUGACUGAGCUGAUCAACAACAUGCUGGGCACAACGCUCAAGGGUUCCAAAAAUUUCUUCUCUUUGCUGAGUGUUACGUCUUACAGCUCUUUUGCCUUCCACAAAGUGUCAGUGACCAUUUAUAACAUUUCUAACCUGAAAAAUGUUGACCCUGGCAAGUUCCCUAUGCGUCACUGCUACUGCCUGAAUAACGUGACAAAUGACUUGACAGACUUUACAGCUUUACUUGUUGAUGUUCUUGGAAACUCUACCAGUUAUCUCACAGAAAUUUUCAAGUCUACUUCGAUUCUCUCAGUAAAUCAGAGCAACGAUUCAGAUUGUAUCUAUAUCUGCAUGAUGACAGGUCAAACAGGGAGAAAUUUGUCUGAAUUUUGGGAGAUGCUAGAAAAGUUUCCUGUUACGAAUUACACCUUUUCCAGCAACACAUCUGCUGACAUAGAUCCAAUUUUUUCAAGUUCUGUGAAAUUAGAGGAAGACCUAAACAAAAGCAUGGAUGCAUCUCCAGAACAUAUAUGGAGAUCUAAAACUACGAGGAUCCCAAGUGGUCUUAAAGGAGAGGAAAUCCAUCCGACGAGAGUUCCAUYGUGGCCCAAGACAGCUGGUGUGAAAGGAUCAGGGCUUCAAUCACUGGAAAACUGGGAUGUGUGGAAAGCACGUGGUACAGCUGGAGCUGUGAGGGAGGCCACUGCCACGGCACCAGCUGCUGAAAUGUCUGCAAUUUGGACACAGUCAGUGCCUCCCCAAGAAACAAGUAAAUUGAUGCAAACAGAGCCAGAUUUAUCUUCCUCAGUAUUGUCUAUGCAGCCCUACAGGCCUAGUGUUGUACUGAAACUUCACUCUGCUACCAGGUGUCCGCAAGCAAUCCUCAAAGAGUCCCUGGGGACCUCACCACCUAUUACUCUUAUAGCUCAAAAGAUAAAUCCUUGUGUCAUGGAGCUGUGCAGAUUUUUUCAGCUGUGCCUCUGCGUUAGUCGAAGAAGAUAUUCAAGAAAGGAAGCCAUGAGGUAUUGUGUUGAAUACUAUUCCUGGUUCUUGAAAAAUGCCAGUUAUGUUUGUGAAAAAGUGAAAAGGAUGGCUUAUUCCCAGACAUUAAAGCAAAAAUGUCUUGCAAACAUCUGUAAAUCUAUCUAG